CAUGUGCACCGUGCGCCUUUCAUUCACAGAUUCUUGCACUUGUCACCGACUUCGCCAUGCCACCUACUUGCUCAGAAUGUGGAUCUACAGAUGUGGAGGUGCAGAGAGGCGUUCACACAUGCUGUGCCUGUGGCGCAGCGCUUGAGAACCUGGGCUGUGAGCUGCUUCGAGGCAAUUUGCACAAGAAGCUGGAGGUGAAGCGCCAUGACCACCACCUAAUGCGCUUGAAGCAAAUCAACCGGAAUGCUGUUCUCAUGCAGGUGCGGCAGCAGAAGUGGCGCGCAGCACUGGGGAAGCUAUGCGGGAUUCUGCGCUUGCAACCGGCGAUCCAAGAUGCGGCGCUACGCUUGGUUCAGCACACAUGCUCCCGUGGCUUCAGGGGCUCCAAGGAACGCCACAAGCUUUUGGGAUGCGCAUGCCUGCUGGUCGCCGCGUCGAAGCACAACAUAGGAGUAACUUUGGAGGAGGUGGCAAACCGAUGCGAAGUGCAGGCGAACUUGCUCCAGAAGAUGGUUUGGAAAGUAUGUGCGCAGAGCGGACUGCGGAUUUCCAGGACGGAGGAAAAUGCAGAGGCACUGAUGAUGCGCAUGUGCAACUACCUCAAUGUCACCCAGACAGGAGGAGUUUGUGCUUACGGCCGCAAGCUUGUGGCUGUAGCACAACAGGGAUGGGUGUGCACUGGCCGGAGAUGGAGCUUUGUAGUUGGAGCUGCUUUCCUGCUUUCUGCGCAAGCCUUCUUCUACUUGAUCGAUGUAAAUGAUGUGGCGCGCUUUCUUGGCGUUGGCGCGCGGACGAUUGAGACGCGAGUGAAGGAGAUUAAGGAGCUGCUCUUGUCCGCUAUGCAACACUUGCCAUGGGGCCACAUGAUUGACAUCAGCAACAUCCAUGUGUACUUGCCAUUUGCACUAGAGCAUUGGGACGUCCUCUUGCCAGUCGCGCCCGUGUUGCGGAAGCAGCAGAUCGAGAAACAGCAGCGACGACAGAAGGCGCUGGAGCUCUUUGGACCUGGCUCACUCGGCCCGCCCAGCUCCGAUCAGCUACGUGACCAGAGCGAGACAAAACAAUGAUGACAGUAACCUAUGGGCCUAAGGUGAAUGUAUAGACUGUAUAGAUACUG